AUGGAGGGCUUCGCCGCCCGCAGCUACGGCACCGGCGGGCCGGACAACCGGCCGCUCUUCGGGGAGACCUCGGCCAGGGACAGAGUCAUCAAUCUAGUUGUUGGCGGCUUAACGUCCUUGCUGCUUGCAGUCACUCUAAUCAGUGCUUUCGUCUUCCCGCAACUGCCUCCAAAACCUGUGAAUAUAUUUUUUGCUUUCUGCAUCUCCUUGUGUUGCAUUUCUGCUGGCAUACUUAUCUACUGGUAUCGACAAGGAGACCUGGAACCUAAAUUUAGGAACCUAAUUUACUAUAUUUUAUUUUCUAUUGUCAUGUUAUGUAUCUGUGCCAACCUGUACUUCCAUGAAGUGGGUAAAUGA